AUGCAAGGCUGUCCCACCCCGUCCUCCAACGAAACAUCAACUUGCUUGCUCUAUCCACCGCACUCCGACCUACCAAAGCCUGAAGUCAUCGCCCGCCAGUUGUUCCCCCGCGCCAUCGCCGCCGGGGGCAUUGGCUACCAUUCCAUUCCAAACUCGCCCAUCGGCACCGGCACCGGGGUCGCCUUCUCCUUCGUACAGACCUGUCGUCUGGGUAUGGGUGCAAACGUCGAGAAGAACGUCAAGAGUGGCAAGCAGGUAAAGCUCGUAGCGGUCGACCGACCACAGAGCAACUACGCGGACACCGUAACCGAAGACGUUAUCAAGCCCUCGAUCGACGCAGCCACCAAAUACCUCCACGAGCACGCGCCCGUCGCCGACCACAUGACGCCCGUCUUCGUCGUUCCUUGGGCGUACAUCAAGCACUGUACUCACCGUGGUGUCCUGCUCACCUCUGAGGAGAGCCGUGGCGGUCUGCGUCUUUUCUGGUGA